UUUUCGCGAGGACGGACGUGUCCGGGAACAGUUUGCUCUCCCAAUGAUAUAAGUCGAAAAACUUUACGUGUUAUUUACAAUUGACUUUAAUGUAAUUAUAAUUCGUAAUAAAUUUGGUCAGCUUUAUUCUGUACAACAAGAAGUUAGAAAAGAUUUUCGGAGACCAGAUGCGGGGCCCGUAGUGAACUGAGUCAAAAUGCUGCAGUGGUCGUUGCUGUUCCUCACACUGUUAUGUCUUACAAUAAAAGAUAUAACAGGCAGUUGGGAGGAAUGGUGGACAUACGAUGGAAUAUCAGGUCCAGGAUUCUGGGGGCUGAUUAACCCGCAAUGGAGUAUGUGCAACAAAGGUCGUCGUCAAAGCCCUGUCAAUGUCGAGCCAGAGAAGUUGCUAUUUGACCCCUGGCUGAGGGACAUACAAUUUGAUAAGCACAAGGUGAGCGGAGUUCUUCAAAACACCGGCCAAUCUUUGGUGUUCCGUGUCGACAAGGACUCUAAACACCAGGUGAACAUAAGUGGUGGACCGCUAUCAUAUCGGUACCAAUUCGAGGAGAUCUACUUCCACUACGGCCUUGAGGAUCAUCGUGGAUCAGAGCAUCAGAUAGAUCAUCAUACGUUUCCCGGGGAGAUCCAACUUUAUGGAUUCAACAAGGAAUUGUAUCAUAACAUGUCCGAAGCUCAACACAAGUCGCAAGGUGUAGUCGGUAUAUCCCUCAUGGUUCAAAUCGGCGAACCAAUAAACAAAGACCUGAGAUUGAUCACAAGCGCUUUCAGUAAUGUACGAUUUAGAGGAAGCUCAUUCCCGAUCAAACAUUUACCACUGAGUUCUCUGCUACCGGACACCCAACAGUAUCUCACAUAUGAAGGCUCGACCACACACCCUGGUUGCUGGGAGACGGCCGUCUGGAUUAUCUUUAACAAACCGAUUUAUAUUUCUAAACAGGAAAUGUACGCCAUCCGUCGUCUUAUGCAAGGGUCGCAGAUAUCCCCGAAAGCUCCGCUUGGCAACAACGCGAGACCCGUACAGCCUCUACACCAUCGCACUGUUAGGACCAACAUUAACUUCAACAAACAGGGAGUACCCGUAUCGAGCAACUGUCCUGAUAUGUACAGAAACAUGCAUUACACUGCUACGCAAUGGCCGCGUGAACACAGCAUGAGAUAUCGAAGUGCUGACGAUAUGUCAAUGUUAUCACUUACUUAA